AGAACUCAAUUAGAGCAAAAACAAACUAAUCACCAAGAAAUAGAAUCACAACUUACCACCUUAGCAAUCAGUAGUGGUUUACUUACUCAAAUGCCAGAAAGAACAAGCCCAAAAAGAGCAAGAAGCCCAGCAGAAUUACCAACAACAAAAGAAUUAUUUAGAACUAACCGCUAA